AUGUCGACGAUAAUUGAUACGGAUGCAGGGGCUCGCUUUGUAAGAGCCGUCUCGAGGCUGCUGGGAUGGGUCUAUACAUUGUCUUGGAGCGCUUCAUUCUAUCCUCAACCGUGGCUAAACUGGAAACGUCGAUCCACAGAAGGCCUCGCCAUUGAUUUUCCGGUUCUCAACGUGCUCGGCUUCCUAUGCUACAGUGUAUCAACCUGCUGUUUCCUGUAUUCCCCGACGAUCCGAAGACAAUAUGCAGCGAGGCAUCCAGCAUCUCCAGAGCCAACUGUUCAACCGAAUGAUGUUGCCUUUGGGGUGCAUGCCGUCAUCCUCGUCAUCUUGACCUACUCGCAAUUUUACUCGCGGUUAUGGGGCUUUCGAGAGUCGGCUCAUCAGCGAGUCACUCGCCCAGUGUUGGCCAUCGUAUGGGGAAGCCUCCUUGCUGUUGCCGGUAUGGUCGUAUUGAUGGGUCAUCGCUCGGGUCUGAGGGAGCAGGACCCAAUGGAUUGGGCAUGGAUCGAUGUGCUGUACACCUUGGGGUAUAUCAAGCUCGUCUGCACCUUUGUUAAGUACAUCCCACAAGCUUUUUUCAACUAUAAGCGCCAAUCGACCGAGGGCUGGAGCAUAUUGCAAAUCUUGUUCGAUCUGACGGGAGGGGUGCUGUCUGUAGCCCAGCUGAUCAUCGAUGCGAGCUUUGGGGGUGACUGGAGUGGAAUCACCGGGAAUCCUCUGAAGCUCGGGCUCGCAAACAUUAGCAUGGGCUUCGACCUACUUUUUAUCGUUCAGCACUUUGUUCUGUACCGGGAACGGGAAGAGAUAUGCAAGGGCUCGGACGAGGAAAACGAUCCAGAACGACCGCUGCUCGGCCGUUGA